AUGCAGGCUCCUGUAGUGGUUAUGAACACCCAAAGCGGUGAACGGCAGACGGGUCGCAAGGCCCAGCUGUCCAACAUUGCGGCAGCCAAGACUGUCGCCGAUAUUAUUCGAUCCUGCCUAGGCCCCAAGGCCAUGUUGAAGAUGCUCCUAGAUCCCAUGGGUGGCAUUGUCCUGACUAACGACGGCCACGCUAUCCUCAGAGAGAUCGAGGUCUCGCACCCCGCAGCGAAGAGCAUGAUUGAGCUUUCCCGGACACAAGACGAGGAAGUCGGCGACGGUACAACGACAGUCAUCAUCUUGGCCGGUGAGAUGCUUGCGCAGUCCCUGCCUCAACUCGAGCGCAAUAUCCACCCUGUUCAGAUCAUCGCCGCGUUCCGCCGGGCGCUCAAGGACGCUCUCGAGAUCGUCGACGAUAUCUCCCUCCCUAUCGACGUCAACGACGACAAGGCCAUGCGCGGCCUCAUCUCCUCCUCGAUCGGCACCAAGUUUGUCUCGAGAUGGUCCGACCUGAUGUGCGACCUUGCCCUGCGCGCCGUCCGCACCGUUACCUGGGAGGCCGGCAACGGAAAGACCGAGGUUGACAUCAAGCGGUACGCGCGUGUGGAGAAGGUACCCGGCGGCGAGAUCGAAGACAGCAGGGUGUUGGAUGGUGUCAUGCUCAACAAGGAUAUUACCCACCCCAAGAUGCGCCGGAGAAUAGAAAACCCCAGAAUUGUCCUGCUCGACUGCCCCCUCGAGUACAAGAAGGGCGAGUCGCAAACCAACAUUGAGAUUUCCAAAGAAGAGGAUUGGAACCGCAUCUUGCAGAUCGAGGAGGAGCAGGUCAAGUCGAUGUGCGAGGCCAUCCUGGCUCUGAAGCCGGACUUGGUCAUCACCGAGAAGGGCGUCUCAGACCUUGCCCAGCACUACUUCAUGAAGGCCAAUGUCACAGCUCUGCGUCGCGUCCGCAAGACAGACAACAACAGAAUAGCGAGAGCGACAGGUGCCACCAUCGUCAACCGCGUCGACGACCUCCAGGACUCGGACGUCGGCACGCUUUGUGGGUUGUUCGAGAUUGAGAAGAUUGGCGACGAGUACUUUACUUUCCUCACCAAGUGUCAGAACCCCAAGGCCUGCACAGUUCUCCUCCGCGGCCCGUCCAAGGAUGUGCUCAACGAGAUCGAGCGUAACCUGCAGGACGCCAUGGGUGUUGCCCGCAAUGUCAUGUUCAACCCCAGACUGUCCCCCGGUGGUGGUGCCACCGAGAUGGCCGUCUCUGUGCGGUUGAGCCAGCUCGCCAAGGGCGUCGAAGGCGUCCAGCAGUGGCCGUACAAGGCCGUCGCUGACGCGCUUGAGGUCAUCCCCCGUACCCUUGUCCAGAACGCCGGUGCCAGCCCCGUCAGGGUGCUGACAGACCUGCGCGCCAAGCACGCCGAGGGUAAGCACUCUUGGGGCAUCAACGGCGACACUGGUGUAGUUGCGGACAUGAAGGAAUACGGCGUCUGGGAGCCCGAGGCCAUCAAGCUGCAAAGCAUCAAGACGGCUAUUGAGUCCGCCUGCUUGCUCCUCAGAGUAGACGACAUUUGCAGCGCGAGAAAGGCGGCGCAAAUGGGCAACGGUCUGCACGGCGGCGACGAAUAA